GAGUGCCACCCCAUUCUGCUGCGACACCAGCACCAGCUACCCCUGUGGCACCGUCACGCACCGAAGAGCCGAAGACUGCUCAGGCACUAAGUGUGGUCGCAGCAUCCGUGGUACCAGGCUCCACUGCACCGGUGGUCGCCAAGGGUCCACCUGCGGUGCCGACACGCAUGCCGCCGCCGCCAGUCCCCGAGAAGCCUGCCAACAACUCAAGCCAGGAAACCCUGACGACUAUGCUGGCGACUUUCCUAACCCAAGUUGUUUCCCAAGGUGGCGGGACGGAUCCUGCCAAAUUGGCAGAGAUUACACAGUCGAUGUCAAGCAUCGUGGCACAGGCCAACACCCAACAUGUUGCCGAACCUGCCGGCACGAACGCCGCGACUCCCACCCCGAGCAAGCAAGGAGGCCAGAUCAUCGAGAACCCGCCUGUGCCCCCGAAGGCAGGUAACCCUCUCGCUCUGGAGUGCGCCAUGCGCUUCAGGCGCCAGCGCGAAGAGACGGAUCAGGACGAAGGCAAAUACUAUCCAUGGAAGGAUACUGUCGCUUUCCAUGAUGGUGAUGCCACCAAAGCGCUAGAGUUCAUAUCCCGCCGGCGAUUGGAACCAAAAGGGACCUCGUCCUGCCGCAACAAUCCUGGAACGGAGACCUUCCUGUAUUAUGGCCUGCAGACGAGAACGCUCACACAGCGGACCCUCGACGAGAUUGCCGUGGACAUGGGAUGCAGCCCCUCGUAUGCGGCGUCGGUGUGCUCCAUGCUGGACGGGGAAACUGCGAUGCCAAGCGGCAUCAUCAACGAGGAUCCGAACCCAAAGCCACCGCCGCCCAAGCCAGAGAAUAAGAAAAACCGCAAUGGUGGGAAUGGUGGGCAGAAUGAGGGGGCGAACGCCACGACCAACACAACCGAAAAUUUGCCAAACAAGAAAGCCCGACCCGCGAAGCCCCAGGGAUCAGACCUUGAGCUGCACGUGUGUGGUGACGACACGGGAGCCUUCGUGAAGAACUGGGUCGCUGCAGCCAACAAUGCCCAGGGACAGGCGACAAGAGUCUGUGGUGAGCUACCUGUCUGCAUGGGCUCAGAACUGCGCAGGGUGUCUAUUGUGAUUUUUUACUGA